AUGGAGGGCAGAUUCAAGGUCGAGACGCAACGAGUUCUUGACGAGUUAGAGAUGGUUCGAGGGAGAAAUGCCCAAGAAGCCGAGGUAGCGGCUUUGAGAAGCGAGAGAUUUUCGGAAGCCAUAGCUGUAGCCGGAACGCCGACUGAGCUUGCAGAUGUCAAGCCAAAGAGCGAUGUGUUGUCCAGGCCCAUGCCCAGGGAUAGUGGCAACAAUGGGGGAGACCGGGAAAUGGUGCAGCGGGGAGAUGGUAUAGAAAGCUCUUCGAGUGGCCAAGUUGAGCCAUCGACUGUUCGCGGCCAAGGAAAGCCAUCGGGUAAGAAUGGCAAGGCCAAGUCCGGGGAAAAGAAGAAUCGUCGCCUUACAACCAUCAUGGAGAGGAUGGGAGAAGGAGGAGUAGCAAGCAUUGGCGGAGGCAGAAGAGUUCAAGCUGCCAAGUCAAGGGAAAGACUUGGUCCAGUUGAUGGGAUCAAUGCGGCCAAGCAAGGAUCAAGACGAGGUAAGGCUGUCGAAGAUAAGGCAGUCAAGCCAAGAAAGAAGCCAGAUGCGAUUGCGAAUGAUCGAGCAAUCAAGUCAGGGGCAAGACUUGACGAGGCUACAUGUUCCAAAGUAGCCGAAUCAAGGGGCAAGCAUGGUGAGACUACAAGUUCUCAAGUAGUCAAGCCAGGAUCGAGACGUGACGAGACUGCGAGUGUCAAAGCAGUCGAGCACAGGAAAGGACCCGGUGCGAUAGCAAGUGAUAAAGCCGUCAAGCCGAGGGUGAAAAGUGAGCAGGUUUGCUCACAAUAUGCCAGGAUGGAGUCGUGGUCCAAGUUGAGGCGCCUCAGGCAUAAGGGGACACUGAAGGAGUAUAAGAAGACUUCCAAAGCAAAGCCCAAAGCCGAGGGUAGCGGUAGGAGAUUCCAGAAUGAAGGCAAGUCGGAUGAUGAGGAAGGUUGUUCCUCGAGUGGUAGAGAAGAUCCACUCAAUGAUGAACCAGACGGUGAGUCUGGAGACAAUGUGCGCAAUCUUGGCACAAGUUCAAGUGCCGAAGAUGCUAAGCCGAGGGUGAGAGCCGAGCAAACCAGGGGGCGCAAACUUAAGGUGCCCGAGGUGUUGCAAGAUUACCCGAGGGGAGCCGAGUGGGAAGCGAGCUCCAACCUUCGUGUUAGAAGGGAUGAAGCAAGGAGGGGCAUCGGACUUUGCCGCGAGAAAGUGCCGAUGCAGGAUGGCGCAAAGAACUCCAAUGACAAGGGUUCAAUGCGGGGAGUGUCAGACUUCAUUGAGCAAGAAGGGCUGACGCAAAAAUUUGAGCAAAUGCCAACUAAAUCAGAGGGGAAGGUCGGGCAAGACCUAACUCUUAACGCGGAUGAAAAAAAGUUUGGAUGGGAUCCAAGACUUUGCCGCAAGGGACAGGGAGGUCCAAACCAAGGCAAAUCAAGACUUGUAGGAAAGAGUUCCUACGGAAGAGAUGCACUUGUGGGCGUGUUAGCCCAUUUCAUCACUUGGCGGCAAGAGCCGAAGCAAGCACAGCCAUUAUGGGAUGCUGAGUCCUUAUGGGGGGACAUGAGCAAGCAGAGGCGUCGAAAGGCAACCAUGUUGAUGUGA